CGCGUCGCGCCGCGGCGGCGUCGUCUGGGUAGUGCACGGCGGCGUGGCCAGACUCACCGACUCGACCAUCGACGACUGCCACACAUACGACGCCUCACCCACGUGGCACUCCUCGAUGACGCUCCGCGCUCGCUCUCGCCGCCUCGCCGCGCCGCCCGAGCCGUCGUUCGCGCCCGUAUCGGUCGACCCGCAUGGCACUCUGUCGCUGGCCAACACGGUCUUUAGCAACUGCACCGCCCAGACGGGCGCCUCGGCCGUCUUUGUUUCGGCGGAGGCCCACCUCCGCACGGCGAUGCUCUCGCUCGAGCUGCCCUGCCUCGCUGGCGUGCCGCCCGCCAUCCACGCCGACCGAGGCGCCGACCUCUCCAUCCGAGCGCUCAGCGUCUCGCAGCCCGACAACUGCCGCCGGGCCCCCGCGGAGCUCGCCGCGUCCGCCGUCUCGGGCGCUGCGGCUACUCUCGGCGCCGGCGUUAGCCUCGUCGGCGGCGAGCAGCCUGGGGCGGGCGAGGCGCCGGCCUCCCUCUGCUCGGCGGGCACGUGCGCCACAGACGCCGCGUGCACGGCCGACUACGAGGCGAUGGCGGACGCGCUGAUGGUGACGGCGCGCUGUAGCUGCGAGCCGCCGAACCUCCCCUCGCCGGAGGCGGCAUCGGCCGAGCUCGCGCCGUACGAGGGAGGCUGCCUGACGCCGCGCGAGGGCGUGACAGUCUCGGUGCCGCAGGCGGUGGCGGAGAACGUCGUGAUCGAGUUGUCCAAGACGUCGCGCCCCGAGACCGCCAACCGCACCAUCGUGCUGCACAUGGGCGGGUCCUCUUCUGCCGAGGCGAGGUGGACGGUCGACGAGGGCGCGCUGCCUCCGUGGCUCUCCGUGUGGCCAACCUCGGGCGUACUGCCCGCGGGCGUCGACAAGGCGGCGCUCUUCACCGUGAGCGCCUCCUCGGCGCACGUCGCCGAGCAGUCCGAGCCAUACACCGCCGCCAUCAACUUGACGGUCUCGUCGCAGCGCACAAAGCUGUUUCGCGUGCCCGUGCUCGUCAUCGUCGCGGUCACCACGAGCGCGAAGCACUCGAUGUGGGGCGAGGCGCGGCCGACCGAGGAGGGCAGCUUCGAGUGCGAGCGCGCCGACGCGCCCCCGCCUGUCGAGCUCGAGGUGGGCGAGGAGCGCGAGGUGGUCUUCACAGCUUGCGACUCGGAGGGGCUCCGCGUCGCCCACUCGCUGCCGUCGCUGCGCUCGGAGGCGGUGGCCGCCGCCGGGCCGAACGCCUUCCACGUCGAACUGCACGACCGCGAGGGUCUUCGAGCCGCACGACCGGCGGAGAUGCUGUACGCCUACGUCUCGCUCGGCAGGUACAAGGCGACGGUGGCUUCGCCUCUUGUCGGUGACCUCGACCUGCUGCUCUACGUCGACGGCGCCCUGGUCGACUCUCGCCACGUCGUGGCGCGCUGCCCGCCGUACCUGGUCCCGCUGCCCGACCGCUCUUGCGGCUGUGACACGAACCUCGAGCCGGUCGGCGGGCUCGCAGAGUCGCAGGGCUGCCGCCCAUGCUACAUGGGCUACCACAAGGGGGCGCCUGGCAACGGGUCGUGCCAGCCCGACACGUGGCCCAUCAUCGUCUCUUCCGUCGGCGGCGCACUCGGCCUCGUGAUGAUCCUAGUGCUCGUCAUCUUUGCGCGUCGCAUCUACCAGCGCCACCUCCUCGCCAUGGCGGCCGCCGAGCGAGAGGGCGCCGAGAAGCGGCGCCGCAUCCAGGAGGCGGUCAAGGGCGUGACCAGCCUCAAGUUCCCACUGUCGGUGAUGCCGCUCUCCAAGCUGCGCGAGCAGGGCCGGCUGAUGCCGUACGAGGAAGCGCGCGACGCGGGCGUCCUGCGCUGCUGCGACACCAUGGAGGCGGCCGUCAGCUUCGCCGCCGACCACCCGCUGGUGUUUGUGUCGCACCAGUGGCUGUCGGCCAGCCACCCCGACCCUCACUCGCAGCACUACCCCAUCAUCCUCGAGGCGGCCGAGGCGCUCUGCGCGGAGCACGGGCUCGACCCGAGCAAGCUGCACCUCUGGCUCGACUACCACAGCAGUGAGCGCGCCGGCCCACACCCCUCCUACUGGCGGGCCCCCUGUUCUCCUUCGGCCACCCUGACCGCGCUGCCCGCGCUGCCCGCCGCCGCAGUCCCACAGGCCAACGAGGCGACCAAGUGGCUCGCGAUCGGCUCCAUCGCCCUCUACGCCGCCUGCUCGCACUUCUUCGUCGUCGCGGCGCCGCACGCGCUGCACGUCGACUCGAGCCCUCCGCGCCGGGUCGACGCAGAGACGUACCUGCGGCGCGGCUGGUGCCGGCUCGAGCAGUGGGCCUUCAUCGCGAUCAACGGCACACAGCAAAUGUACGUGUAUGAGACGUCCCUCGCGCGCAUCGCGGAGCGGCGGCGGUGGAUCGAGGAGUCGGUCAACGUCUUUCAGGGCGACUUCACGCUCGAGUCGGACAAGGCGCACCUCGUCGACGUGGUGCUCGGGCUAUACGGGCUGGCCGUCGUCGCCGCCAUCGAGCUGCGCUACCGCUCCGUCCGCGCCACGUCCGUCUCGAGCAGCGGCGGAGAGGCCCGCGUCACCGCCGUCGGCUCGCGCGCGACUCGCACGUCGCAGGAGGUCUCGUCGCGUCAGCUGACAGAGCUCAUCACGGAGAGGCGCGAUUUCAUCUUCCCUCCGGAGCACUUUGGCGACCUCGUUGACCGGCUCGAGGAGGAGCUCGAGAACGCCGCGCUUGAGCGGUUCGGCUCCGAGGCGGGCGUGAGGACCCCCUCGCCGGUGAGGGCGAGCGGCGACGGGCCGCGGCGAGCCAGCCACUGCGCGGCCAGCCAAGCCACCCGCUACGCCGCCUCGCCGCCCCGCCGCGUCUCGUUUGUCGACCCGCCGCCGCCAACGGGGGGGAGGCGGAGCUGCGGCGCGGCGCCUCCGCCGGUGCAAGUGCCACCUCCGCCGCGGCGCUUCAGCCUCGGCUUCGCCGGCCUCGCCGGCCUGCCGCCGCUGCAGGGCAUGAGCGGCAAGCCGCAGGAGCGGCGCAGCUCGGGGACGGCGCGCCAGCUGGCGCCGAUGGCUCCCUGGAAGGCGGGCGAGAAGGAGGGUCGCGGCGUCUACCGGUUCGCCGACGGCGACGUCUACGACGGCGAGUGGAAGGCUGGCAAGUACGAGGGGCGCGGCGUCUACUGGGGCGCGGCGUCUACGGUGCAGAUCAACGGCGUGACGGCGGUCACGCCGACAAACGAUGGGCGGCGACUACUGACGGGCGGUGCCGAUGGCAAGGUGCGCGUGUGGGCCGUCUCCAAGGCGCAGCAGGUGAUGGUCGCCUCGAUGCAGGAGCACAAGGGGCCAAUCUUUUCGAUUGCAAUCCGCGCCAACGACUCGGAGUGCGUCUCGGCGUCGGCGGACGGCUCAUGCAUCGUGUGGGCACUUGCUGGCCUCACGCCCUACACGCGAGGUGUGGCGUACUGCGUCGGCAACGCGCACUCGAGUGCAGUCGCCGCCAUCAAAAUCUCCCCGGACGAGCAGACGGUGGUGUCGGUCGGCAGGGAGGGCGGAAUCAACAUCUGGAGGGUGCCAGAGGGCAUGGGCGCGGCGUGA